CAUAAAGCUAUUAAUGAUUCUACGACUUUUAUUGUAAAAGUUUAUUCAACUAAAAAAUUUAAGUUGUCUGUGAAUGUUCGUGGAAAACUAUCAUCUUUAAUGCCGUUGCAUCAAUUUCAUGAGCUUCAAUACGGAAAGGAGUCAGUUAUUGGUCGGCCUGGUGGAAGAUGCGGAUUGCU